AUGCACAGUUAUAUAGUAAAUACUAAUAUUAAUGAUAUUGAAAUUCAAGAUAUAAUAAAUAUAUCAUAUGGAAAAAAGAAAAUUAUAAUUGACGAUAAACUUCUAGUUUUUUUAAAACAAGGAAGGGAAAAAUUGGAUGCAAAUUUAAAAGAAAAUAAAACAAUAUAUGGUAUAAAUACCGGUUUUGGUGGAAAUGCUGAUUUAAUAAUACCAUUUGAAAGCCUAGAUCAUCAUCAAUCAAAUUUAUUGGAUUUUUUAUCAGCUGGAACCGGUGAUUGUUUUUCAGAUGAUUACGUAAGAGCUUCUCAAUUUAUUAUUAUCAUUGCUUUAUCAAAAGGAUGGUCAGCAGUGAGACCAGAGGUCAUUAUUUUAUUGGCAGAUCACAUUAAUAAAGGUAUAAUUCCUCAAAUACCACAAUAUGGUUCAGUUGGGGCAAGUGGUGAUUUGGUACCAUUAAGUUAUAUUGCUAAUGCUUUGUGUGGUAAGGGUACUGUUAAAUAUAAUAAUGAAUUAAUGGAUGCAUCGAAAGCAUUACAACUUGCAAAUAUUGACCCUUUAGUAUUAAAAUCUAAAGAGGGGUUAGCAUUGGUUAAUGGUACAAGAGUUAUGAGUGCUGUAAGUUGUAUUACUUUAUAUAAUUUUGAAAAUAUUUAUAAUGCAGCUCUAGGUGCAGUUGCGUUGGUGGUCGAGGCUUUAUUGGCAUCAAGAGAACACUAUGAUAUGCGUAUACACUUAUUAAAAAAUCAUCCCGGUCAAAUACAUGUUGCCGAUACUUUAAAUAACUAUUUAAAAAAAAAUUCGGAUAUUAAAAAUAUAACAAGCAAUAAAACAUAUACACCAUCAGCUGAUAUUACAAAGUUAGAGCAACCAGUUCAAGAAGUAUAUUCAUUAAGAUGUGCACCUCAAAUAUUAGGUGUAAUAUCAGAGUCUAUAGAGUCUGCUAAAGUAGUAAUAAAAAGAGAAAUAUUAUCUGUAAAUGAUAACCCUCUUAUUGAUCCUUAUACCGGUGAUGCUCUUUCUGGUGGAAAUUUUAUGGGAAAUCAUUUAGCUCGAACAAUGGAUGGAAUUAAAAUUGAUAUGGCAUUGGUUGCAAAUCAUCUUCACUCUUUGACUGCAUUAAUGAUGUAUAAUGGGUUUUCAAAAGGAUUACCCAACUCACUCAGCCCAUACCCAGGAUUGUACCAAGGGUUUAAAGGAAUGCAGAUUUCACAAACAUCCCUUGUAGUGUGGUUAAGACAAGAAUGCUCACCAGCUUCAAUACAUAGUCUUACAACAGAACAGUUCAAUCAAGAUAUUGUUAGUUUGGGUUUACACUCUGCAUUAGGUGCCGCCAAUAUGGAGAAAAAACUUUGUGAUGUUAUUUCAAUGACAUUAUUAAUGGCAUGUCAAGCUAUUGAUUUAAGAAAAUUACAAAAUAAUAAUUUUGAACUUUCUGAUAAAACUUUAAAACUAUAUGAAUCAAUUAGAUCGAUUGUACCAUCAUUACAAGAAGAUAGACGAACUGAUAUUGAUAUCAAAAAAAUUUCAAAUGCAAUUUAUCAAAAUAAAUUAAAUUUUAUAAAAUAA